ACCGCGGCGCGAAGCUCCCGUGCGCGUUGAGGCACAAGGAAUCACCAGGAAUUCGCAAGGUGCUUCAUUUGCAAGCAUCUGCCUGUGGGCAUCUCCAAUUUUGCAAGCGAAGCGUCUGCAUUGACACAUACCUGUAGAAGGCAGCAGCACACAGCAGCCACGACAUCGCCGCGGCGGCAGCACACAGCAGCCAACCGACGCAACAUGAUGGUCGUCCUCCUCCUACAAACCCUGCUGCGCCCGGCGCGCCCGCUCCUCGCGCCGCUGCGGCGACGCGCGGCCACAGUUGUGCGAGACGCAGCACCACAGCAGCUCGACGCGGCGACGCAAGCGAGGAUACGCAAGGCCGGCGCGGACAAGGCGAAAGCACCCCUACGCAUGCCCUCUCGAUUAUCACCGACGGCCGCGACGACGUUUCUGGAAUGCGAGCAGUUGUUCCUGUUUCGGAACCUGUGGCGAUUGCCCGAACCGCCAUCACCAGCGCUCGUCCGAGGCUCGCUCGUCCAUUCGGUACUGGAGCACAUGUUCGACGGCCAGAAGCGGUCCAAGGAAGAGCUGCAAGACGCGUUCCGGGACGAGUGGCGGUCCGUGCGAGACAAGUACCUCUCCGUACAACCUCCCCUCUUCUCUACGAUAGAGGAGGAGAAGACCUGGGGCACGGAGAGUCUUGGGUUGUUGGAGAACUAUUUGAGAUUUGAGACGCCCGACGACGAGACCCUUGUGGAGAGAGAAGCAUGGCUCGAAGCAACCGCGAAGGUCCCAUCAUCCCUACCGCCCCUGAAAGUCGUGGGCAAGGUCGAUCGAGUGGACCGAGAAGACGACGGUUCUCUAAGAGUCGUCGACUACAAGACGGGCCAGGCCGCGUGCGAGCGGCCCUACUACAAGGAGGAGCUGCGGAAUGAAUUGCGGGAGCGGGCGCUGUUCCAAUUGAGAGUUUAUGCCUGGAUGCUGUCGAGGCGGGACGGCGGCGCGGACGUGUCGGCCUUGAGAUUGCUCUAUUUAGGAGGAGAAAAGGCCGUGGCCGUCGACGAGGCGCUGCCGGCCGACCCGAAGGACCGAAGGAAAGCGCUCGAGGAUACGGAACGGGAGCUCGUCGACAUUUGGAAACGCAUCCGCGCGAAGGUGGACCAGGGGGCUUUGUCCUUUGAGAGUUGUGAUAGGAAGUGGUGUUUCUGCCACGCGGCGCGGCCGCUCUGCUUUCCUUCUGCCGACGACGCGUCGGAGGAUGAUCUCGCCGCGAAGUCCGUGAAGGAACUGCGGGAGCUUUGUAGGGCAAGGGGCCUCGACAGCGUGGUGAAGCGGGGCCAGGACGCCCGCGCGACGCUGACGGCGCGGUUAUCAGGUGGGUAAUGUCGCUUUUGUAG